AUGCGUUCAUAAUUUAUUCUAUAACGCACAGAUAAAUAAUGGGAAAAUAUUUUAAGAUAAAUUAUUUUAGAUGAAAAGUUUUUGUUGAUUAACUUUUAUGAAGAAAAAUUAAAGUUUUCUAAAAUAUUAUCAACUUUAUUUAAAGAAGAAGAAAAAAAUGAAGAUAUUUCGGAUUUUUUAAGAAACUCUUUCAUUUAACAAUAAACUUUGGAAACUUAUUUAUUUAAUUAAAUCAAGUUAUUUCAGACUAAUUAUAAUGAAAUUUUUAAUUAAAUUAUCUAAAUAAAAUAUGAAAAAUGUAUUUUUUUACUCAGAUAUUCAAUAUUUUCAGGUUCAAGACCAACAGUUUUAAUCUAAUUAGCUAAAAAUUAAUAUAAAAUGUAAAUUAAAAGUAAUAAUGUAAAUACAUUAUUUCAUCUUAAACUACAAAUUAAUUUAAUUCGAAUUAUUAAUGGUAAUUAAAAUUACAAUAAAGAUAAGUUUCGUAAAAUAGCAAACAAACUUGUUUAUUAAUACUUUUAAGCAAAGCUGCUUUCUAAAAAAUUUUCUUUCAAAACUUGCAAUAUAAAAAAGAUAAUAAAAGAUUUAAAAUUUUAUUUUUUUCCCAAUAUAGCUAAUAAGAUUAUUUUUUUUAAUUAAUAAAAAAUAAAUUAAAUUAUAACAUGGUAAGAUUUUUAGAAAAUAGUGUUCAAAUUAAUACAAUACCAUGUAUUUUAAAGCUUCUUUUAUUAAUAAUUAUCGAAAGCUCGAUUAAUAAAGUUAUUUUUAUAAAAGGCUUAACUAUUUAAAAUAAAAAGAAUUAUAUUGGAAUUCAUAGUAGAUUUAAUAUUUAAAUAUUUAAUAUUAGAUACCAAUAAUUUGAACAUUUUCUAUAAGCCAUUAUAAAAUCUAUAUCAAGUCACGAAAAAAGUAAAAUUAACUUAUUAUAUAGCGAUUGAAUUUGAGUUACAUCAAGAAUCUUUUUUACCCUAUUAUAAGCCAAUUUUUUAGGACAGCAAUAAAAUUUCAAAACAUUUUGAUAUCUGAUAGAUUUUCUGUUUAUUGUUAUUAAUUUUCUUAAUAUUCUAGUUCACAUUUUAGAAAAUGA